CAGAGGAAAUGAUAUAUGGGGCGAUUAAAGUUAAUAAUAAAGUCAAUUAUAUGUCAAUGUCAAGUAUCGGCCACAUGUCACUGUCAGUACACAAAACUAGAGAAAUAUACUUUUUUUUUCUUUUUCCUUGAACAGUUUGACAGUGUGUCUGACGAAUUGUUCACCAUGCCACGUGAAAUCAAGGAUAUCAAAGACUUUUUACUGAAGGCGCGGAGACCAGAUGCUAAAUCUGUGAAAAUAAAGAAGAAUUCAGAGAAUGUGAAGUUCAAAGUGCGCUGCUCCCGGUUCCUGUACACGCUGGUCAUCACAGACAAAGAGAAGGCAGAGAAGCUCAAGCAGAGUUUACCGCCAGGUCUCCAAGUUAAGGAAGUAAAGUGAUGUAUUAAGUGUAAAUAAAAAAAGUUAAAACCCA